UCAAAAUUGUGACAAGUCAUUUUAGUUUCUCUUUAGUAUGGGUGCAAUACGCUUAAUUUUUAGUAAAUUCUUGAAGUCAUCAUGUAUGAUUUGCUAUAUCCACUACUCCACUUAGAUGAUCUCACUUAUUUAGGUUAUGUUCUUACUUAGGUGAGAAAUAGAUUUUUGGCCUUUUAUAUUAUUUUUUUUAGUUUUAUGAUCUUUUUAUGAGAUAUCUUUAUUUUUUACAUCAGAGAUCGGAAAAAAACAUAUAAGAGAUCUGAAAAUGAUAUUUUUUUCAUAUUUCACCAUCAUCUCCAUCAUAUACCAAAAUUUGUGGAAAAGUGUCUGACGAAACAAAAACUGAAUAUCGUCGCGUUCAAGGAUCAAGUCCAAAGGAUAAACCUAUGAAUAAGGUGAAAAAUGCAAACUCCCGGGGAAAGAAAAAGAGAGAAAUUCUUCAGAAAGCUGAUGCAGCUGGGGAUACGUCUGAUCUUUAUAUGGCAUUUAAGGGACCCAAGGAGAAACUACAGUCUUCUGUUUCUUCAGAAAGUGUUGAGAGCUGUUCCAGUCUCACAGCAAGGAAGAUAUCAUCAAGUUCUAAUGAAGAUUUUUCAGCAAAUGAAGAUAAAAAGAGUACAGGUGAACAAAACAACUGGGAAGAUGCUGCUAUGUCAACUCCAAAGUUGGAAACUUCUGGUGACAAUAAGAUCAUUAAUGAUAAUCUUAGGCAUCCAAAUGGUGGAAGUGUCACUACAGGCAAAAAGAGAUACUCAAGAGAUUUCCUUCUUACCCUUUCUUCUCAUUUCGCUGAUCUCCCUGCUAAUUUUGAAGUUCCAUGGCAUAUGGUGGAGGCCCUUUUAAGUCCUAAUUCAAAAGGGGUGGAUUUUAACAAGCAUGGUCCAAACCCCUGUCCUGGACAAACUAAUAGCAGACAAGGCAGCUCGUCUUGGUCUGAGAACCGUCCUACUGGAAUGGUGGAUGAUGGCAGGUGGACCAAUGAGCAACAUACUGAUAUCAACCAAGGGGGAAACGCUAACGGUGCUCGUCCAGGAAGAGGAAACCACAAAAAUAUGAGGAAUCUACAAGGACAGCCACCUAGCCAAUAUGUAUCUGUGUUUCCUGCAGGAACAAUGCUACCAUUAGCCUCUCAGGGAGGAGUACAACAUAUUCUGUCCGAUGCCAACCGCUGGCAGCGGGUUUCUGGCUCUCGAAAAGGUUCAAGUCCUUCUCAUCCACUGCAAGUUAUGCACAAAGCUGACAAGAAAUAUGAGAUACGCAAAGUGACUGAUGCAGAAGAGGCAAAACGUAGACACUUGAAAGCUAUCCUCAACAAGCUAACUCCACAAAAUUUUGAGAAGUUGUUUGAGCAAGUAAAGGAGGUUAAUAUUGACAGUGCUACCAUUCUUGCUGGUGUCAUUUCACAGAUAUUUGACAAAGCUCUAAUGGAGCCAACAUUUUGUGAGAUGUAUGCAAAUUUUUGUCAUCAUCUAGCCGGGGAACUUCCUGAUUUUGUGGAGGACAAUCAGAAAAUAACUUUCAAGAGACUUCUCCUUGAUAAAUGCCAGGAGGAGUUUGAGAGAGGUGAAAGAGAAGAAGCAGAAGCUGACAGUAUGGAAGAGGAUGGAGAGGUGAAGCUGUCAGAGGGAAAGAGAGAGGAGAAGAGGUUACAAGCACGAAGAAGGAUGUUAGGUAACAUAAGACUGAUUGGGGAAUUAUACAAGAAGAAGAUGCUUACAGAGAGGAUAAUGCAUGAGUGCAUCCAGAAAUUGCUGGGGCAGUACCGGACUCCAGAUGAGGAAGAUAUUGAGUCUCUAUGCAAGCUUAUGAGCACUAUAGGAGAAAUGAUCGACCAUUCCAAGGCGAAGGAUUACAUGGACGCCUAUUUUGAUAUGAUGAUGACAAUGGCUAACAAUACAGAUUUGUCUACUAGGGUGAGGUUUAUGUUAAUGGAUAUUAUUGAUUUGAGAAAAAAUAUGUGGCAGCAAAGAAGAAAAGUAGAAGGCCCCAAAAAGAUCGAGGAAGUGCGAAGGGAUGCUGUUCAAGAACGUCGAGCUCAGGUCAGUCGGUCCACUCGUGGUUCAAGCACUGUUUCUUCUGCUAGAAAAGGGCAGCCUGCAGAUUUAGGUCUUCGGCCAUCCAUGUUUUCUUCGCCAGCUCCUCAGAUGACUCCAUUUCGUGGAAUGCCAUCACAAAAUCGUGGAUCUGGAAGCCAGGAUUGCAGGUUGGAAGCUAAACAUCCCCAUGAGAGUAGGAUAUCAUCAGCUGCCUCGCCACAGCGACCUCUUGAUGAAAUGUCGAUUACAGCUAGGGCUAUUCACGGUUUUGUAAUUGCAGCUAUUCAUGAAUUUUACAGUGCAGUUGAUGAGGACGAAGUUGUUCUACGCAUUGGAGAGUUGAACUCACCAAGCUUCCUUCCAAUGAUGUUAUCGAUUUGGGUAAAUGACUCAUUUCAGAGGAAAGAAAGAGACCGGGAUCUUCUAACUCGGCUUCUUAUCAGUCUUACGAAGUCCAAGGUGGUACUGGAUACCAAACAGCUCAUUGAGGGGUUUGAAUCAGUUUUAGCGACUCUGGAGGAUGAAGUUACUGAUGCUCCAAAAGCAGCUGUAUUUCUUGGUCACAUUUUCGGUAGAUUAAUUAGUGAAAAUGUGAUCUCUCUGAAAGAAACAGGAGGCCUUAUACGACAUGGUGGUGAGGAGCCUGGUCAUCUUCUGCAAACUGGAUUGGGAUAUGAAGUUCUUGAAAGUACAUUUGACCUUAUAAGAUUAGAGAAGGGAGAAUCAGCCUUGCGAGAUAUCUGCAGUGCCUCCAGCACACAGUUGGAAGAUUUUAGACCGCCCGUGCUGUCCAAAUGAACCAUUUUUCUCAUUAGGUGGCCACAAUAACCUUGUUUUCGACGUGGUUAAUCAUUAUUUUACCUAAGAACAAAUGCAGAAGCAGGACAACUGAAUAUGCAGAAUAUUUUGUGUAAUGCUUAGGCGUGUAUACGUGACUAUUGAUAUCAACUUUGUGGUGCAUAUACAGUUUGGCUUACUGGGCUCCUCUAAGUGUUUUUGAAGAUGGUAUAAUGUCCUAGGUGAUUUUUUUAUAUAUGUUCAAGUCUUGAUGGACAGAAUUACCGGGUGCCCGUGUGCUGAUGGGAGGUAGCAGGUACCUCAUGAGAUUAAUCAAGGUGC